GAACUGAACUACGCCAAAACGAAAGAUUACUUCCCCCCCACCUCCGCCGCAAUUCGAUUCCUCCUACCCUCACGGUUACCUUCUUCUGACCUCACUCUUCAUUGUUGACCCUCUUCCCCUCCUAUCGAACCUCUCCUUGGUAUCCAUUUCUUCCGUGGUGCUUCGCCGCCUCCGACGGAAUUAAAGAUGAGUUUGAAGGGCUUUCAGAAGAGCAUUGUCCGAGCGCCGCAGCAGUUCAAGGCCAAAUUCAACAUUGGCGAGCACACCAAAGAUGCGGUCUAUAGUGAUGCUGAACGCCGUUUUCAAGAACUCGAAAAGGAGACGAAGAAACUGCACGAUGAGUCGAAGAAAUAUUUCGAUGCCAUUAAUGGCAUGCUAAACCACCAGAUUGAAUUCUCCAAAUCUAUGACCGAACUAUAUAAGCCAAUUUCCGGUCGCGCAUCGGACCCGAGCUCGUAUACCAUCGAAGGGAACCCCGAAGGCAUUCGGGCGUGUGAGGAGUAUGAAGCGAUUGUACGGGAACUGCAGGAGUCUCUCGCGCCCGAAUUGGAAAUGAUCGAAAGCCGCAUCAUCAGUCCGGCAGAUCAGUUGCUGGAGGUGAUCAAGGUAAUCCGCAAGGUGGCCGUGAAACGAGACCAUAAGCAGCUAGACUAUGAUCGGCAUAACAGCUCCCUCAAGAAGCUUCAGAACAAGAAAGACAAGUCGCUCAAGGAUGAAAAGGCUCUCUAUAAGGCCGAGAACGACGUGGAGCAGGCCACUCAGGAAUAUAAUUACUACAACGACUUGCUCAAGGACGAGCUGCCUAAGCUGUUCGCUCUCGAAGCGGAGUUCAUUCGACCACUAUUCCAGUCCUUCUAUUACAUGCAGCUGAACGUCUUUUAUACCCUUCAUGAGAGGAUGCAGGGCAUAAACAUUGGUUACUUCGACCUUACGUUGGACGUUGAAGAAGCAUUCGAGAAGAAGCGUGGUGAUGUGAAGGAACGUGCGGAAGAAUUGACCAUCGUCCACUUCAAAACCAAGGGGCUCGGUCGACAGAACUCGAAAUUCGCUGGUAAGGACAAGUUGGCAAACGAGCACAAGGGCAAAUUUGCUCCCCGGCAAAAGGAUCCCGAUGUUGUUGAAAAUCCUCCCCCUCCUUAUUCCGCUGCAACAAGCGGGGCCAGCAGCAGUUUUGUUGCGGCAGCCAAAGGAAAGCCGGCGCCUCCGCCCCCGAAGCCGAAGCCCGCCAGAUUUGCUGCGCCGGUGGAAACGGUCACGGCCCUUUAUGAUUAUGAAGCACAAGCGCACGGUGAUCUCAGUUUCUCGGCGGGAGACGUCAUCGAGAUUGUGCAACGGACCGACAACCAGAAUGAAUGGUGGUCUGGUCGGGUUGAUGGGAGGGAAGGACAAUUUCCUGCGAAUUACGUGCAAUUAAAUUAGUCCGAUCGUCCUUCCGCGUUGUAUAUCGCUUCUUAUAUCGUUCUUGCGAAUGCCCUCUUAGUGUAGCAGGAGUUUGCGGUGUAGCACUAUCUCCCAGCUUGCAAUGCUUUCUCUUCCCGGUCUCCUUCCUUUGAACUCUUGCAUAUUAUCUAGUGCGUCGCAUAGAGCUUUUGCAUGGUAAUACUCGUUCGCAUGUAUAUAUUAAUUUUGGACAUCGCUUCUUUACCCAAUCAACAAUGACUCGAUUCGAUGACUCCUGGGAUGUUUACAAGGAUGUUGAAGACAUUAUAGUAUCACUUCCCAAA